GUUUAUCAUCCCGUGACCGCGGAUUCGUUUCGAACCUAAGGUCAUUAUCACUAGUGCUACGAGUGCCUAAUCUUGUUGAUAAGCCUGUGCUAGUAAACUCUUUAUUGUAUCACGGCAAUGGCUAAUUGUAAUGAGAACUCAUCAAACGCCCCUCUCCAUAAUCCUGACCCUAAUCCGACAUAUAGAUAUAUAUAGAGUAUAGCUAUUUUGCACGUAUCUACAAAUUUUAUAUUGUUCUUUAUGUAGGUUCCAAAUUUAUGUGCUAAAAAACAGAGUAAUGCAAGUAAAUUAUGACUGGCAAUACAAAAGAAUUGUAAUAAAAAAUUGUUAAUUUUUAACUCACAAACAUAGACCAGACAAUAUUCAGACUUUGCUAUACUACAUUAGAAAAUGGAAGAGCAUAAAGAAAGCAAAUAAAAUUCAGAAAUGAAAGAAAUAAAAGAAAACACAAAAACAUCUAGAAGCACAGUGAAAUAUAGAAAAUAUAUUUACCGUAGUGAUUAUUAUUUGUAAAUAUAAAAUAAUUAUUAGGAAUUCAAGUGUCCUGCGACAUUUGUGCGUGUUUAAUGAAUGAGUAUAUGGAUGUCGCUGGCGUGCUGUUUGUAACAUAGCGUUGAUACACUUCUUGUUCUCUUUCCUUAUUUAUGGUUUUCCAUUGAUUUUUCGGUUCGGCAUGCAUAGUCUCGGAAGUCGACCCUUGUGCGUGUGUUGUAACGAAUAGACAAUAUAAUCGAUGUGCGCGUUUCCAAGUUUUAACAAUGAUUUUCAUAAUAUCAGAUAGUAAAAAUAACAAUGAAAAGGAAGUAGAAGAAAAUUUAAAUCAAAAUAUUCCCAAAGUUACAAUAGAAAAAAAUUGUUCUUUUAUAUUUUUCAACAAAAAGAGCUACUUUGUCGAGUCUCACUCCACAUUCUUUCAAUUCCACCUUUUUUUGUGAAAUGUGCGAAAGAAAACAAGGAUUGCAUCCUGGAAAUUGUUUCAAGAUACACUUAAUACUUACAUACAUAAUACAUACACUUAAAAAUUACAAAAUACAACAAUAGCGUGAAUAAAACUGGUAUUUAAAUGAAUUUGUUUCUUCCUUUAUUUAUUUAAAUUGUCUUAUUUUUUAGUUAAAGUAAAUUUCAAAUAAAGCACUUAAAAGCGUUAGGAGCUGCUGGUAACAAAAUUGAAAUAAAAUUUGGAGUGCAAAGUGCAAUAUUUUCUAAUAUAAUAAAGAUAUCAUGCCUUAAUUCUUUAAAAAAGUCAUAUCAUAACUUUCAUGUAACUAGUGUUACCGUAAUACAAUGAUAUUGUUAAUUAAUAAGAUCUUAAUGUAAAAAAAAUUAUGUAAUACUAUCAUAUUGUAGAUUAAAAUACCUAAGAUAAAAGAUAAAAAAUAAAUAUUUAACCACAUAGUUUAUACCUAAAACAGGUGUGGUUAGUUGUGCUAAAUGAUUUCAUAUUAUUUAAAUCUAUAUAACAAAAUCCGACACAGUCAUGUCCUAUAAUUCUUCUACUGAAGCAAAUUGUGUUUGUAGUGAAGAUAUUAAAAAAAAUGAGGAAUCUAAUUUUGAUUUGGUUUUAAAAGAAAAGUGGAUGGAAGCCCAGAAGAAUGGAGUGUUUCGUUAUAUAUUAAACGUUCAAGAUUGGAAAAUAUUGGAAGGCAAAUAUCACUUUUUAGUCCAGCUAAAUAUUGAUCGCGGUUAUAAAAGAAGAUCUCCAGAAAAUAUUAUUUCAAUGAACCAACCUUUCAAUGAGAAAGAUUUUAACUUUACAAAACUUGUGUCAGAAGAACAAAUAAUGAAUUUAAAUAAUACAGACAAAGAUGAUAUAAUUGCAAUUAAUGCUAGUCCGAUUAAAUACUAUCAUUCUCUGCUGUUGCCACAAAGAUGUAAACAAUUACCUCAACUUGUAACAAAACAUAGCUUAGUGAAAGGUGUUGAGUUGUUUUCCUUGAGUUUGUCUUCAUACAUCAGGGUGGCUUUCAACAGUCUUUGUGCUUUUGCAUCUGUGAACCAUCUUCAUUGGCAUUUAUACUACUUGAAAUGGAGGAUGUUACUGGAAUAUAUUGGAGAAUUAAUUAUUAAUGCUGAGAUGGAAGAUCUACAAAAUUAUAUAAUGAUGGAUGCUGUUCCGCCGUCUUGGACAAAAAGAGUUUACCCUUCAAAAUUAGGAUUAAACAGUUGGUUCACGGAUAUGUUAUAUCGAAUAAAUAAAUUAUCUGAUUGGACUGCUGAUUUUAAGUUUAUGAAAUUGAUAAUUGAAUCCGUGGCAAAUUUUGAUGCCUGGAAUUCAACUCAAACUGGUAAAAUAAACAUAGCAAAAUUGAAUGAGCGACAAAAUAAAGCUUCGUUCAACGCACACGAUUGUUGCUACCCAUAAAAAGUCGACUCCUGGAUGGACCUUGAUCACGCGGCCCAAAGGCCAUUGCAUGGAUGGUACGUUAUCCUCCCUGAGGACUACUACGGUGCCUUCUCGGAUGUCGUGACUGCCCUUGCUCCAUUUGUUUCGGAUGUUCAGCUCAUUCAGGUACUCUCGAUGCCAGCGGCGCCAGAAAUGUUGUUUGAUAAGGCUUGAAGGACUGUAGUGGCCAAUGAUGUGAGAAGAAGUGCUCCACUCAGUUUCAGCCUUGGAAUGGUUUGUGAUUUGAGUGGAGCCACCUUUGACCUUGCAGUGAGGAGUCGUGUCCAGACAUGACCAUCCGGAGUGAUGGUGCGAAGGUAGACGCAUGCCCCAUACGCCCUUUCGCUGGCGUCGCGACGUAAUUCUUAAAAACAUUACUCCGCCAUUCCUUCAAACAUAUGCUUUAUUUUUAUUUUUCCUUACUGUAUGAUGUUAAUAUCGAGUAUACUAUACUUAUCGCACAUGUACAAUGGUGAAAAAAAGUAUUUGUACAUACAUAUCGCUAUCUUUCAAUGAACCUUUUUUUUGGCGAAGUCCACGAUUUAUUUUUGCAGC